ACACAUCGAUUAGCUGUGAUCGAUAUACAAAACCGACUUGUAAUUGAUUGCGCGCGACCAAUGGGCUUGCCGUUGGAAACAACGGAGGCGAUGAGAAUUUCGGUGUAAGCUGUUGGAACGCUGGGCAAAACUUUGGCGUUCCGCGCUCGCUCGAAGACCGAUCGCAGCGAUCGAUGCGCGCGCAAAAAUAGAAGAUGCCUCGGCCGCGCUGUCCGAAGCUCGAGUGCUCUUGUUACCGGCACGAGGACGGGCGAGAUCUCGGAUUGAAAGCCGCGGCCCGAGGCGCGCUAAUCGAGGGCGGCGAUCUCGCUCCUCGCCGCGGCCGAGCCACGCAGCUGCUAUCCCUAUUUUUUUUCAAAGCUCGCGUGGCCAGCGCGCAUGUGCGCCGCAGGUGUGUGCGAGCAGAGCAGGGGAUAGAGGCAUAUAGACGAGUUGUCGCGCUCGGAGAGAGCGGCCAGCAGCAGCAGCGGCAGCGGCAGCAGCAGCAGCAGCGGCAGCUGUGCUUCUCUCGUGCCGAACGACAUGCCCGCGAACAAGUCGACGCACUCGACGCCCAGCAAGGAUAACGGCAACAAGCUCGGCGGCGCCAACGGCUGCCGCAAGACGCGCGCCAAGCAGCACCGCAAGCAGCACCGACACCAUAAUCUGCUGCACUCGGAGUACAGGAGCACCUACACGUGGCACGAGUUCACGGGGCCGAGCGCCCAGGAGCAAGACACGGUUGUGAGACGGGCGCCGCAGCCGCCGAGCAAGUCGCUGUUCAGAGACGCGAGCGCGAUCACGCUGCAGUCGGCCAAACCCAACGGAGAAGUCGUUAACGGCGAAGGGACAUGCAUGGAGCCACCUCUGCCACGUCGGAAAAAGUGCCCGGAACUGGCCUACCGCCAUCACGAGUUCAUUCCCACGGCGCCGGCGCCGGUGCACGAUGCCGUGGACAACGUCGACUCCAACGUCAUCGAUAAUCGCAUCAAAGAGGCGAGAGGCCGCGGCGGCAGUCGUGCUACGCAGCUGAUGAGCAAAGCGAUCUCGCGAAUAAGCACCGAAUAUCGCUUGCAGUUCGGCUGGCCGGGGCGCCGGGCGCAGCCGCGCGAUCAGCAGCUGACUAAUGGUGGUGUUGAUGUUCAACAGCAGCAGCACGAGCAGAGGGAGGACGGCAAGGAGCCGCCCAAGGACACGGACCUGCUACAGAGGAAAGCCGCCGCGGGUGCGCUCAGGCAGAGCUCCAUCAUGGCCGCGGUGCCCGCUGCCGUGCACAAGAGGCGACCACCUGCCGCCGAGCACCGGAGGACCGGUCGCGACGGAGGACAAGCGUCGGAGCUCGAGCCCCUGGUGCAGGACACAGUCGACGAGCCUGACGACGCGGUGACGAUCGACAGGCAGCAGCGCUCGGUGAGAAUAAACGAGGACAGCAACCGAGACCACGCCAAGGACAAGCCGCGGCCGUUCUCCGCCGCCGAGGUGAUGGAGCUGCGGCGCGAGCUGAAGCGGCUCGCCGACGAGUACAAGCACCGGGACUGGGGCGGCGUGAUGGCGCAGGAGGACGAGGCAAGCCUGUGGAAGCGCGUCUCGACGAAUCAUGCGCUGAACGCCCUGGCGCUCGCCAGGUCGGCCACCAAGGAGGAGAAGGACAAGGAGAACACGCGCAAGGUCGUGCCCGUCGGUGUCGCCGUGCAGCUGCAGCAGCAUCAGCAGCAGCAGCAGCAGCAGUUGCCCGCCGGACGACCGUCGUCGGUGCAAGCCAGAUCUUUCUUCCAGCAGGACGACUCGAAAGCUGACAACGAGAACGCGCGAAUGGGUCGCGCGCGCCGCGACUUUCUGAUUCGCCACCACCUGGAGCGCACGACCGGCGCGGACGACGGCGCACUGCUGGUCUCGCCGACGCGCGAGAAGCUGGAGCCAGUCAUGCCGCGUCGCCGCGAGGAGUCGUCGGCCGAGCCGACGCCACGCUCCAAGUCCAGCCCCAAGAGCAGCCCGAGGGCCGCGCGCUCGCAGAGCGUCGGCCCCGGCCUCGAGCGCCGCUCGCCCAAGCGCAGCCAGACGAGGCCCGCUUCCGGCCUGGCCAAGGAUGCCAAGGACAAGGAUUCCAGCACGGAGCGCCAGCAGAGACCGAGUAAAGUAGGGCAAGCGACGGGGCCGCCGCCGUCGUCGUCAUCGCGAUGGAAGAGAGACGCCAGCGUCGUCGGCAAAUCAAGAUCGAGGAGCGUGUCAGUCACUCGCCGUGCUCCUCCGUCGAAAAUCAAUAGGCUAGCCAAACCUUCGCUCGCGAUGACGAUGAACGCUCCUCCCCAUCGGCCAGCAGCGUAUGCUCGGCAUCAGAACUACGCGAAGUUGCCCAUGUCACGACCGCGCUCGCUUCUUCAUCAGCCAACCGCAUCUUCGGCCGCCAAAACCGCCACUGCCGCAGCAGCAAGCAAGCAAGCCACUGCGAAUGCUCGUUACAGUGACAGCAGAACCGCAAGUGAACGGCGUGCAACCUCAGCCGGCAGCACAGCAGCAGCAACAGCAACAGCAGGGUUGGAUCGACGACGAACCGGUGGUGAAAAGUCCUCCCGAGCCAACGCGCGUCAAGUCUCCGGAGCAAAUGAUAAUGCGCUCGCCCGAACCGGUCAACUGGACCGUGCCGCUCGACACGGGCAAAACCUUCACUGUCACUCAAAACGUGCGGGAGGGCGAGCCGCCGACGCGGGCCCACAGCGAGGCAAGGAGCUGGGGAGGGCCGACCUCGGUAAAGCAGCAGCCGGCGGAGCACAAGCUGCAGCAACAGUCGGGCUACAAGUCACCGGAGAGCGAAAGCGUCAGUCUGGGCAGCUUCAGCGGAACCAACGGCCACAAGGACGACUCGAUGGACCCGGAAAGAACGGCCAGCCCGCUGGCAGCCAUAGCAAAGGAUGAGGUGGAGCAGCAACCAGCGGCCUUCGAGGCUAAGAAGGACGAGCUGUUGGACAAAGCACGCGACCGCUUCGACAAGUUCUGGGGCUCCAAGGGCCCUGAGCAAUAAUCUCGCAAUCUCGAGUGAUCAAAAGAAGAAGAAGAUCGAUCGUGGUCGUCGCCACGAGCGCGAAGAGCAAAUUAAUCUAGACGCUCGCGCCAAGAGAGAAGAAACACGCCGUUGUUCGUACCUUUUACCAAUCAAUUGUUAUAUCUCAGUUUAAACAAGAUAGAAGCCCCGCACACGUACGCGAACGCGACACUUGCACGUCACGAUCAAAAAAAAAAUAAAUAAAUAAAAGAGUCGAGUGCCGAGCUUUUAAUCGACAUAUAUAUUCACACGCUCUUAUUCUCUUCGUUUUCAAAAAGAUAAAAGAAAAAAAACGCGCUUUUUUAGGCAGACGCGUAGAUGAAAAAGGAAAGCCACUCUCUCGUUCUCUCUGGAUUCCCUCUGAUCUUUGUAAUAAUUAGAAACUGUUAUUCUCGUGCUGCAAGUCUGUAUGACACACUCACUGCCCGUCCGUUCAUUGUACUUGUGAAAAUUGAUGAUAAAACGCGCUUGUCGACCGCAGUUCUGAUUUCUUUCAACACUUCGGAUUAGUUUCGCGAAAAUAAUCUUUCGACGAACUUUGGGGCAUUACUCGCGAGUAUAAGUUCAUUAGUUUUAGUCCAAAGAUUAUUUUUUAUAAGGAUAGUAUAUGCGGAUAAAGGAUAAGCUGACUAUGUUGUACAUUUUAGUCUACGUAGCACAAUGAUAUAUGAUUUUCUAUGUCUUACAGUUAUAAAAUAUGUCAUGUCAACAAUACAGGACAUUCCGAUUCACUAAUCACGUGAUAUGUAUACCUACAAUAAGCAUCAAGUGAUUUCUACCAGCAUUUUUUGUAAAAGACAAUUAAAAAAUGUGUCGAUAAAGUUACACGUCCACUUUUAAUAUGCAUUGAUGUCCUCACCAAAUGUUUGGUUUGAAAAUUGAAAAGAAACAACAAAAAGGAAACAUAAGAAUCAUCAAGAUUUAGCGACACAUUAUUAUAAGUGGUUGUUCACUGACAAAAAUUUUGAGAGGAAAAUUAAAUACAAAAAAAUACAAGUAAAGUCUGAGAUAAAUAAAGGAAAAAAAUCAAUAAACAAAAUAAAACGCGUUUCAAACGACUGAAUUGAACCGUCUUAAACUGUAGAAUUAUUUGUCCGAGUAGAGCGAAGAGAUUAAGAGCGCCAAGCACCGAUGCUUACCAAAAAAAUGAUUAUCCUACUCGAUAAACGAUUUUUGUGAAUUAUAAAGACCGUUAGAUAACAGAAAACGCGCGCGUAAACGAAUUCUCGGAAGAGGAGCAGAAUUGAAUGACAAUGAAAUAUGGAGAAGAAGAAUUAAGGAGGAUAAAAGAAGUUUCGAGACCAAGGACGGUCUCCAUCUCGCCUAAUUACUAUAAAUAGAUAGAGCGCAUUAUAUUAAUUAUCGUAUUAUGAGGAAACCAAAAAAACACAAUAUAAUACAAAAAAAAACAAACAAUGAAGAAGAACAUGUAAGUGGGAUUACACGCGAGAUAUAUAAAUAUAUAUAUUAUAUAAUAUAUUCAAGGAGGAUAAAGGGAGGAAGUAAGACUUUUUCGAAUUGAGUAUGAUAUGAAAGUAUGCGAGCGUGCGGAAGCGUUUUGUCGUGCGUUUUCAUUAUUUUCGUGUGAGUGCUGUAAACAAAAAAAAAGCCUUAUCUCAGUUUUUUUCAUCGAUUUCGCUUUUCUUGUGUUUUCGUGUGCACAACGAACGGAGAGCCUUUUUGUACAUACUUUCGAUUCCUUAAAACUGUACAUUGUUGUGUUUUAUCACCUAUAUAUAAAUAUAUGUAGCGCGUGAGUUUGUUGUUCAUCGUAAUUGCGAUAUAUAUAUAUAUAAAUUUUUAGGGCAGGACUAUGAUUUUGUGUACAAUAAUGUGGUCUGUGGUCACUGCCGAUUUGUGGCUUUUCUCGUUGCGCGUGCGGGUUUGUGUACGAAAAGCUACGAAGAUGCGUAAUCGUCACGUUUUUGUAUAACGGCGGAGAGGAAUGGAUUUUUGUAUGUUUUUUAACGCAGUUUUUUGACAAGCUUGCUGAAACUGAUUUUUUCACUUGAGAAUGAUGAUAGUCGCUCUACAUAGUUGAGAAAAUUAUUUCUUCGUCUUGAGGAUGUUUAUUUUUGUAUAUAUUUUAUACACCUGUUUUUUAAUAGCUAUAGUUUUUUGUAAGUGCAGUUUCCGAGCGUAGCAUAUGAAAACAUAUUCGUGCAAUUAUUUGAAAACAAAUUUUGUUGAUACGAUAGUGUAAUUGAUUUUUUCAAAAUCAAAACGAUCUUAAUGAUUUGCUUAUAUAAUAUGCAAUAAUUUUAUGUAAACUCUAGUCACGUGAAUAAUUACAAUAGUACUUAUUUGCAUAGAUAGAAAAAAUCAUAGUCUUGCUCUAAUAAAAUGAUCAAACAAUAAUAGCACAGCCACUGUAAAAGGCAAAAAGCAAAUUAAUAUCAAUAAAUAUGAAGAAAAAGCGAAGCAUCUUAAUACCUAUAGCGAAAAAGAAGAAAAAAAACAACUGCCCUUUAUGAUGAUUUUGAAAGGAAUGUCGAAUGACUGCAUGACUAUUACACGAGAACGAUGACGAAGUUUUUACAUGAAAAACAGGGUACAUUACGUAGCCGCGCGACGCCUUUUUCGUGUGUGACAAUGAUAUAUCUCUCCUUUAUAAGAUUGGAAUUUUUCUAGUUGUGAGAAAAAUAAAAGAGUAUGUGCAUUGUAUCGAGUAUGACGUAGGUAUUUUUUGUAUAACUACAUAUAUUGUGAUAAAAAAAAAGAGGAUGAAGCAUUAUAAAAACAUGUUCGCGGGGAAAACGCUUCCGCCGAGAUAUGAGACAUUUAUUACUAAAAAAAAAGUACCACUCACUAUUGAAUUUGGGAGAGGGAAAAAGAGGAAGAAUAAAAACAUUGCUCAAGCAAAAAAUAAUAAAUCAAUUAAAAAAGAAGAUAAUUUCUUUGUAUAUCGGCGCUUAUUUCGCUUCGUUUUUUGCAUGAAAUAAAAGAAAGCUUCAACAAGCAAGAUUUUAUCCUGAAGUGUGCUAUAUCAUUGAAGAUUUUUGCUCAGCAUUUAAAAAGAGAAAAAAAACUCGUCGAUAUCUUCGUUUUUACUCUAAUCGCCAUUUAUGUGAACGGCCGAUCAUUUAUUACAUUAUUGAAGAUUAUUAUGGCUACAUAUAUUAUAUAAAUAUAUAUUAUAUAUUAAUAGAAAUUGAAAUACUCGUAAAUAAAGAUGCCGAUGCU